AUGCGUCAACUAACUCAUGCUCGUCAAUUACCUGGUGCCGAUCGUCAAUUAGUUAUGAUGGUUUGUUUACAACUUCUUUUUGUUGUUGUUGAAGCAAUACCUUUUGGAACUUAUAAUACAUAUAUUUUAUUAACAUCAAACAGAAAGAAAGAUGCUGAACAAAUGGAUAAAGAUUUUUUAUUUUUAACUGUGACCAGUUUAUUAGGUAGUUUUAAUUUUGGAGUAAGUUAAAUAAAAAUUUUCAUUUAAAAUAAUAUUUUUCAAUAUAUUUAGAGCAGUUUUUUUAUAUUCCUUAUUGCUUCAAGUCGUUUUCGUCAAAUAGUGCGAGAACGUUUGUUUUGUUUAUGUAAAAAAACAAAUCAAGUUUAUCCUGACACAAGACAUUCGACCACACACACAUGAAUUAUUCAACGAAAGCCGCUUCUAUUUACGGCACCUUUAUGGAUCAAUCAAUCCCAGUUUACUAAAUAACUGAAAUUUUAUUUUAAACAAGAUAUUUUCUUUGUCAAUGAUUAAUAGUUUUCUUGAAAUUA